AGGAAGAAUAUCGGUCAGUUGACGCGGUGAUACUAUACAGUAUGCACGUUUUGUGCAUAUGUAAAUAGAACACUUGCGACAGUGCUGCUGUUUGGUAAAGAAUUAACGAAGGAUCAUUCACCACGUUGACUAAUCACUUUCGUAUCGGUCUGCUGAUCGCAAAACGACAAAUGGAAAUAUUUUCUUUAAUCGAUUCUCGAGAGGCGUAUGACAUUUCAUAAUGGUAUACACGUAACGAUUGAAAAUCGAACUGAAGAGAGAUAAGAUCUUCUGUGCAAGAUACGAAAAACACCUACUACGCGCUUAAAUUGGAGAUUCGUUCAAAUGAGAAAGGUUAUGAUUGUAAGGGAAACAAACGGAAUUGCUCGACAUAACGAUCAAACUCUGUAAAAAUGAAUAUCUCUUAGUGAAGCAACAGCUUGGAGUGUCAAACACACCUGCAUCAUAUUGAGCGUGUAAGCAUGUCUGGAAAGGGUAAACAAAGUUCCAAGAAAGCAGUUGUCAAAAUGCGAGAAAGUGGGAAGACCGUACAGUCUUCUGCACUUAACUCGGACGCAAGCUCAGAGAAUACUGAUGCUACGAAGUCCUUGUCCAUCUUGAAAGUCGCUGACAACAGCCGCCUCCUCCCAAGGUACAGCAGUAUACUGCAGCGUAACGUGGAAGAAGGCGUAGGAAUGGAAGAUCUGGAUACAUUGCAGCUAGAAUUAGAAAUGCUUCUCUCCUCAGUAGUUGUGCGACACCGUAUGCUCCAGGAAGAGAUAGCCAAUUUGUCCUCGGUGGAGGAGCGUAGGGACAAAAGAUCCAAGAGUGGGAAAGGCCUCUCCCUCUUGGACAAGAAAGUCAGGGAGGAAAAAUUCAAGCCUAAAGAACUCAACGCUAAAACCCAAUCGCCUCUGCCACUGAAGCUGUUCAAACAAAAGGCCAUUACCAGCUCAAAUUCUCAAGUCAUUCCAAAUGUACACGAAAUCUCGAGAAUCGAAGGCUCAAAGUCCGAAUCGCCAAAGUUGCUUUUACCAAAAAACGAUACCCCCAACAAAUUUUGGGCGUCCGUCGAUCCGUAUUGCACUGACAUUAUGUCAGACGAUAUUAAACUGCUGGAGGAGUUAAUCUCCACGCACAGUGAUAUCAACGACUUCAAGAAGGUCCCUCCGUUAGGUCGUCAUUACAGUUUAAUAUGGACUCAUAACGAUUUGCUGCAGGAGGAAGAUGCGGCUAAUCCGAAUAGAGACAAAAAGAAAAGUCGCUCAGACAUGUCUCUGUUAGUUGGGAAAAAUGACAAAAAGGCACACAGUAUAGCAGGGCCUCUGACUCAAAGAUUGGUCUCUGCUUUGCUAGAAGAAAAUGUGUAUGUUGCAAAUAACAACACGGAUAACAAAUUGUUCAGAGAUAGCGAUCCCCCUGUUUUAAGGGAUCUCACUAUUCAGAAUUCUAUUAAUUUAGAAUUAAGGAUGCACAAGGAGUUGGUAGAGCAGGGAAUCUUAGAGCCAGAUGCACAAAAGAAGAGUCAAGAGGACGACGAGAUCCUGACGGAGAUCAAACGUUGCCAGCAGGAGCUUACCGCGCUUUCCAACCACAACGUGACACAGUUGAAGAGGCUAUUGAAUUUAGCACAGGAGGAAAGUAAGCGGCAAGCAUUGAAAAGGAAAAUCGGUACCGCAGAUAACGAAGUGAUAGAACAUUAUAAAAAACUUAUACUAGCGAAACAGAGGAAAAUACCGUUGACGAAGAAGGAACAGGAGAAAGCGUGGUCGUGUCUUCGGGAGAGAGAGAACCUUUUGGACCAGCUGAACAUGUUACCACACAACAACGUAGAACUUAUAGGUUUCGGCCCUACCACGAACUAAAUGCAAUUUUUUACUGUAUUGUACGAUACCGUGAUAAAAACCAUGUAUAAAAAUUUAAUAAUAUCGAUCUAAUUUUUAAA